CACUUUUCUCCACAUCCUUUUCAUCUCUAUAUAUCUCUCUCCAUUUUCUUUUCUCUUCUACUUUCAUCACUUCAACAUUCCUCCAUUUCUUCCUAUUCAUUAUAAUUCUGAUAAUCAAUUUUUGUUUCUUCAUAAUUUAGAAAAGAAUUUUACGUUUACGUUUUCUCAUCAUGAGUUGCAACGGCUGUCGAAUUCUCAGGAAAGGUUGCAAUGAGAAUUGCAUACUCAGACAAAGUUUACAGGGCAUUGAAAGCUCUCAUGCUCAAGCCAAUGCCACUGUAUUCGUCGCCAAAUUCUUCGGCAGAGCUGGCCUUAUGUCUUUCCUCACUUCCGUUUCCGAAUCUCAACGACCAGCUUUAUUUCAGUCGUUGUUGUUCGAAGCGUGCGGAAGGACGGUAAACCCGGUGCACGGAGCAGUAGGAUUACUGUGGACGGGUAACUGGCACGUGUGCCAGUCGGCGGUAGAAACAGUGCUUAAAGGAGGCGUGUUACGGCCGUUGCCGGAGUUUUCAGGUGUUACUGCUUCGCCGGAAUUUGAUUCCGAAGCAAACGACGUUGAUCUGUUUAGAUCGCAAAGCUCCAACUUCCGAUCUAAGAGAAAAAUUGUAGAUGAGGUGUCGGAGGAUCUAGAUCUCGGACUUACAUCAGGAUCAUCACCGAUGGUUGCCGGAGGUAAACUGAACCGGCGAACGGAGAAACGAAGAGCGGCGACGCCUUCAUUGAAUUCCGAUGAAUCUGAUACAACAACUUUGGAAAGUGGUUUUGUAUACCAUCAAAAUCCAGAACAAGGAAAUGAAACGAAGCUUCUUAGAUUGUUCUUCUGAAGAUUGGUCCAACUAUUAGUUUGGCCUACUUACAAGUUACCGAUUAACUUAAGCUUAGGAAGCGAAUUUUGCUUUUUUUGGUAACUUAAGGAGGUAAUUAAUUAAAAUGCUUCCAUGGCAUCUGGAUUUCUCCAUUAAUGAACUUUUGAGGGAAAAAUGAGAGUUGCUUUUUUUUUUUGGCUUGCUCUCUACUUUUUCUUUUUUUUUUCGGAUUUUCUAUUUUUUGUUUUAAUGACUCGUAAUAAAAAGUCACUUUAGCGUAAUAAAGGUAAUGUAACCAAAAAAAUCCUUUUCAGUAAUAUGUAUUAAAACUUUUAAA